GUUCGGUUCUGCUGUUCUGUACCCCACACGAGGGGCUCGAGACACCUGACCCGUAUCAUGAUGCGCGCCCCCCCAUCAUCUCCAGGCACGUCGCGUUUUUAUGACGCUACUAGCCGUUUUCUAAAUAUAGAAAACUUCCCAAAAGGUGUAAAAAUUAUGAAAUAAUUCAGUUUCUGCUAUUACGAUGAGUUUCGCUGCAACCCGCGUCUAAAAACACAUCUUUUUGUCCUCAGACAGUAACUGCAGUGGGGAAUGAGCCCCGCCACGAGGCUGUUCCCCAGCCCUUCCCCUGGGCUCUGAUCCCUCCCUCCACGCGUUUCCUACCCCCAGGUCCUACCCUCAGGGAUUAUGACCCCUCGCCUAGGCUGCAGGUUGCUCCGCACUAGCGAACGGCUAUAUUUACCUGCUACCUUGUCUUCGUAGAAUCCGGCCGCGUCAGAAAUUCACCUCAAACUGGACGUCUUGGUUAUUAAUAUUAAUUAUUAUGCUGCCUUAUCUGUCUGAAGAUCACAAUUAGUAUUUAUUUUUCGCGUGUAAACUAACGAGUUAACGGACAUGUCCUCCGAGGGGCACUUUCUUUACUUCGCCUUCGGCAGUAACUUGCUACGAGAGCGGCUGCGGCUCCUCAACCCUUCGGCGGAGUACCACUGCACGGCCAAAUUACAGGAUUACAGCCUUAGAUUCGGCCAUUGGGGGGCGCAGUGGAACAGCAGGUGGCAUGGCGGUGUGGCAACUAUAGAAGAGCUCAAAGAAGCCCACGUGUGGGGGGUCGUGUGGAAAAUUAGCAAUGACGACCUUCCCUCUUUAGAUGAACAGGAGGGCGUCCCCAGUGGCAUAUACCGCCCCUUGGAGGUAUCCGUGGAAACGGAGGGAGGGCAGCUCCGCUGUCGGACAUACCAGCUGAAAACUUUUGAGUGCAGCCUUCCAUCCCCUCCGUACAAAAAGGUCCUGUGCCUUGGAGCCCAUCAGAACUGCUUGCCUCCCGAAUACAUCCAGAGCCUGGAGGCACUGAAGACCAACGGCUAUGCUGGACCCUCACUCUUAGACGACAUCAAAUGGUCGGUGAAGGAAGCCUGAGGGAGGCAGCAGGCAACCUGCAUGAUGCGAUGUAUAAUAAGUCCAUGUUCAGCGUAUGUGAUGGUUGAAUGUUCAUCCAUGUUCCUAAAGAACAGUUUCUUGUACAUUUUUCCCCCCCCAGUUAGCUGAUGCUUUUCUCCAGAGUGACAAUCAUUUACAUUGUAUAAUACAAGUUUACUGCCUCAAUUCAGGGCAAGUACAUCUCCCCCAGAACUACAGCAGGAGGUGGGAUUCAAAUCUGUGACCAAGUCCAGAAGUAGCGCUAACCACAAUGCCACCUGCUAAGUCUGUUGCCCAUCUGUAUAGCAGAGCACUGUCAAUGUAAUAGUGUAUCUAGCACUAAGUCACCUUGGACAAAGCCAAUGAGCAAUGGUUUACAUUUAUAAAUAUGAUUUGAUGGGUAGUAGAGGCAGCCAAUGGGAAGAAGUCAUCUGCACUUUCAGGUCAAAUGCUACUAUUAUUGUGCACCUAGUGAGUGACUGUUCAUAUGCAAAAUGAGUCAUGCAAAUGUAUAUUAAUAUUCCAAAUAAGUUUGCACAUCUCAGCAAGAAAUUCUCCUCCUAGCAGCAUUUUAUACAUCUGAUUAGAGAGAGAUCCUCACCUUCCAGGUGGUAUGUCCAUCCUCCUGUGAAGAACUUGUAUCACACUGGACAACUCACUUGUCACCUAUUUCAUUGGUUAAGAGGAAGUAACAGACUCAUGUUUCUGCUUCCCUCAACACACUGAUGUCAUAAUCCAGUCUUGCAGAUACAUCCUGAAUAACAUCCACAGGAUCCACCUUUCUCUACAAACUCUACACAGCUCCUGGUCCAGGUAAUGUCUUGCCCGGACUACUGCAACUCCUCCUGUCUGGUAUUCCGGCCUUUGCCAUCAAAGCUCUCCAGGUGAUACAUAACACUACCGCAGGAGUCGUGCUUGACCUGUCAAAGUGUUCCCAUGCACCCCCAAAAUCUCUAUGGGUUUCUUACAACUGCCCCGAUCAAGUUUAACACGCUGGUUAUAGCCUACAACACCAUCAGUGGAUCUACUCCCCAAUAUCUAUAGAACAAGGUGUGCUUACAUAACUUAGGAGAUUCAAAGAAGGGGAAGGCUACCUGAAAUUUGUUAGUGAAACAGGCAAAGCUGCAGACAGAACUCCAGCACUGAAGCUUACAAAACUCAAAAGUACAAAGCAGAGUUUUGUUUACAUUUAUUUUCAAGGUACAUAUGUGUAUGGGCACUGAAGUCUUAUUGCCUCAGUUGUAAAGUGUACAAAGCAGAAAACAUAGAACAAUGAUUUUAUCAAUGAACUUUGCAUACAGAUCUAAUGCAGCUUACUUAUUGGAUGUUUUAGCAGUUAACACUCCAGCUUCAGGAAAAUACCUGGUGUUACUGCUGCUCCUCCUCACACUGCUGUCCAGCUCACUGUGUCCACUUUAUACCAACAACACAAACUGUCCAGGUUUCCUGCAGUAUCCUUUAUAAUCUAAUUUUCACAAAUUUAUUGCAUAUUCUGUGCAGAACGUUUAAUUACGAUCAUUUAGUAGCAGCAAUUCUGGAGAGAACAAUAGACCUUCCAACACUUAACAUUAUAAUUUAAACCAUGUUUCAAGUAAUUAGGAUAUGGGUGGAACUUAAUUUGAUUAAAGAUUUUGGCUCAUUUUAAAUUUUAAACAUUGUUAAAACAUCACUGAAAGUUGCACAUUGUCCCAUUAACCUAUUACAGCUCAGAGGCAGAUACUGAAAAUACUAUAGACUAGAAAAACAUUUCCCUUCAAUCUAUAGAGGCAGCCAUUGACAAGCAUUUGUGCACACAAGCAAUUUCCACUGUACCUUGUUGGUUUUAUUAAGGCUCUGGUAUGUGUUGUGUCCUAAAUAGCUACCGGUACAUGUUGCAAAAGGUCCACAUGGACACCCGUGUUCCCAGAUGUAGCUAAUGGUCCACAUUCAGAGAACUACUGGACUUUUUGGUCGCCACAUGAUGUCGCUGCUGUGGACUUUAACCAAGAAAAUUCUUGUAAUGUGAGAGGGAGAGAGGAAAAAGGGAAAAAAAAAAAAAAAAAAAAAAAA